AUGACCGUUCCCACCUCAUUCAACACUAACGAAAAAGCUCAAGAUUCUGUGGAAUCCGAUGCGAUUUGUGUGAUCUCCGGUGCAAAUGCACGACGAGUCGUCUAUAUGCUCUAUGUCGUAGUUGUAUUCACUGCAGCUGCCCUACUGUAUCUGUUCCCAAGUACAGCGGUGAUUUGCGGUUUUAUGGUGAUGAUGCUGCUGAUGCUCGCCUCACUUUAUCCGCUGGUGAAAUUCGCUAUAAAAACCGAGGACAACGAUUUGAUUUGGGACAGCGAAGGAUUGCACUGGUUCCGACAGAAUGAUGUUGUCGAACAGUACGGUAACUAUGCUAAUGAUCUAGAGCAGUCCUUCAAAGUUACACCUGUAAGCUCGAACUAUUACCUUAGCUAUGCUUUUAUUUGA